UGAAAAACGCCUCGCAUCGAUCGUAGUAGACAGUGACGGUUGACAAAGAAGAAAGCCGUUUCAGUACUAAAAGCGAAACAUGGUAAGCAAAAUGUUGACCAUUGGCAAGGUUAAGAGCGAGUACACACUCACCGGACCGAGGUCGAAUCGAUCAGGCACCGCCAGUCCGGUGAGCCCCCGGGAAACACGGAUCCCGGUGGCAAAGGCUACCGCAUCGCCAGUGACUGUGUUUCAAACGAAAAAAUGCCUUCCACGAAGGAAGCUACACGUCGGUGAUGCCAAGUCGCAGCUCGGAUUCGGAAGUCCAGCCGGCAAGGUGAAGGACAUCAAGUAUGAAGAUGAGCCCGACAACCGCAACACUGACUGCCGGUGCGAUCCGGAGCUGAAGGGUGACGCUACACUGCAUCCCAACUGCACGUUCGUGAAUGUUUGCAGCGAGCAUUUGCGGAAUGGUUCGCGGCGCAGAUGGCAUGUCGGAUCACAGUGUGCGGCUGUUGGGCGAUCGAUCGCAUUGAUUGUGGUAGUAGUGGCGGUGAUCGUUGUGCUGUGCAAUGUUAACGUUCACACGAUAUACUGGUUUUUGAGGCAGCAUUGGGAGCGAACGGAAGAGGAUGAGUUCGAGGAAGCCACCAUGUACUACGAGGAGCCGGAAGACGAUUCAUCGGAAAACGAACUAAUUGAGCUGAAUCCGAAAAUGUUCGGCCUAACGGAGAGUAAGCACAACCUCAGCUUACUCGAGCUGUUGGCAAUGACGCUGGAGCGUUUUUUCGGUUGGAUUGGCAGUAUUUUACUACCGAUUGAUGAGUGAGCUAUUGAUCGUGGUUGUUGGGUUGGUUGAAAAUGUAGUGAAGAAGUACCAUCAUCAUCAUCCAAUAUCAAGUAUGUUAAACCUCAUCAUUAUUGGCUUAUAAUUUUUCAAGCAAACGUUUCGCAGUGUGCAAUAAUCAUAAUGUGAGAGCAAACGUUCGGAACGACUGUACUCAAAUCAAUGCUGCUUGCCGCGUAGACAUUUCCGCUCCCCACUUCUCAAUGACCUUCUGCAGUAAUGGCCUCAACUAUAAAUAUGGCCCGCGGUUGGUUGCCCGUUUGUUACUUCCCGUGUUGGUAUCGAUCGGGUUGGAUUUGUUUACCGCAAAGUCCAUCAGCAUAACAAGCGAGCCACAUCAAACCAGCCGAGCAAAAGUGGUUCAUGUGGCAGCAGUGCCAGAGUGAGCUCAAUGUGUACUAAAUCAAUAAGACCUUUCGAGUGAUUAUUUCUGAUUAGUGCAAUAACGCUAGUUGCUGUGGUAAGCGCGCUGUGGUUCCAUGAAGGAUUGACUGUGUUCUUCUUUGUCUGUUUGGUGGUCUCAAACCCAUUUUGUAUCGCCACGAGAAGAAACUGUCAUCCUCCCGGGCGAGCUAAGCAUAAUUGUAGUCCUUCGGGGCAUUCCAAAACCCACCCGAUGACACGCCAAAUCAAAGGUGGCAAGGUGGGUGCUGUGGUGGGCAAAUUUUGCUCAUCCAUCUUUGCCCUGUGGUGUCCCACCCGGUGGGAGCGAUGUUCUGUGCCGCAUCACAAUCAAUCGAUCCAAGCGGGAGGAGGGCAUAAAAACGGCCCACCAAAUCCCUCGGGUAGAGGGGGUAGAGCACAUCGUGCACAUUGUUCAGACAUGCACAGCCAAUUUGCAAUCGAUAUCCGGUGACCGGGCGGUCCCGGUUCGUUUGUUCGUUUGUUCCGGUUAGCAUUUUCGCCAAUGCGGUCAUCCUCCGGUACGUCGGGUGUGGUCGGGAAAAGACGCACAGGGACAGUACAUGUUGGUCUACCGUUGCCCAUCUGUAGCGGUUGUAGUGGCCUUUCCACACAAGCUUUCCACCGCUAAUCCGAUUGUCUUGUUUCCCCCGUGCCGCAGCGAGCAGCGGUGGAAGACUUAAAGCGCGGCUGCCGAUGGCGAAAGAUUUAAGCGUCCGUCCACUGUGUGCGACUGGUGAAGCACCAGGGCAAACAUGAAUGUAAAUUGAAUCUGAAUAAUUGAUAUCGUCUUAUUGUCACUUGGCACACUUCCUGUUGUGCAGUGGGUCGAGAGGCGCUUUUUUUCUUCUUGUUAUUUUGUUCGUCCUGGUCCUAUUGCAAGUAAACGACCACUGCCACCACUUGGACAUUGUAAAGCUGUUAGACAGUGUGGUCUGAGUGGUUUUUGUCUCGUUUGGUGUGUUUCGUUGUGAGUUUUCCCCAGUUUCUUGGCAAACCAAAAUCGAUAGCGUGUUGCCAGCUUGCUUGUGCCUUUGGGUCAAGCAGAUUUCUGUCAGUCUCUCCGGCUGCAGCAUGACAGGAUCCUUCUCAGCAACAGACGCCACAGAAAUGAGGUUAAACGAAACAGGCGAAUUUAAAGAAGAUGUCGCGUGUGCGGUUGGUCGUCUGUUGUAAAAAUCAAUAUCAGUGCUUUUAGUUGGAUUAAAGAUGAGCUCUGUAAAAUGUCUUACACUGCCCCAAACUACCCUCCAGCAUUCUUCCGAGUAAAUCCGGAAGGCAACAAACACACACACAAAGAUACGACCGCGAAUGUUGAUGUUACAUCUGCUCUGCCAAUGCGUCGUCGUUGUCGACUUCGCGCUGUAUCUGACACAAUUCCGAUACACCGAAUUGUGCCGAGUUUCCGCCCGCUAGAACCGGGCUGGUGCUAUUUUUAUGGCGCUCUCUCUCUCUCUGUAUUAAACCGCCACAGGGCAACAAACGGUCGCUUACAAUUACUCGAUGCUCGAAACAGGAAAGUGGGUGGUUUGUUUUGUUUUUUGGGAACGUUGCGUUGAAGAGGGGGGUAGAGGAGGCAGUUGAGGUUGGGGAAAAGGUGUUAAACCGACGCUGUUUUAGAUUUGCUGCUGCUGCUUUUUUUUUGGCGGAGGCGGAGGAUGAUGGUGGUGAUGAUGGUAAUGUGCUGAUUAAGCAGUAGGCGAGAGGAGAUAAAUUAACGUCGUGCAAGAAGAGGCAACACACUUUUUGGGGUUAGCUAAUCGGAGCGCGGUGAUGGCUUAUAGUGGGUAGAAUGGUCGUAUUUGGAUGCGAUGGGAGGAAUGAAUCAGUAAUCAAUGGCUUUUCUGUGUUUCCAUAAUUAGGUGAGCAUAGAGAAGAGAAGUGGAUGUUGAUGUCACACACAUGAUUUGAUAAUUAAGCUUAGUUGGGAUAACAACUGCUUAAAGAUAAGUGUAAAAACGCACCCUAAAGAGAUCAAGAUAAUGCCGUCAUUAGGCUGUUUUUAUUGAAUCCAUUUUAAUGCUCUUAAUGCUUGAUUUUUAUAGUUUUUUUCGCGGAUGCAAUUACAUUCCAAUACUUUUAAAUAUUAUCUCUGUACGUUUCCCGUCUUCCUACCUGUUGCUUUCCCUUCCUUCUUUAUCUAUUCACUAAUUAAACUCCCAUUGUGUAUCGACUUUUCACUUGGUUUUGUAUUUUUGUAUGCAACUCUCCUACCCAAAACCGGAAGCUAUGCGCCACCGGAAACGAACGAUCCGCAAACAAUGGCAAAAAUUAGUUCACCGAACCACAACAUAAUCGACGGCUGCUAGGUAGGCUGCACAUCGGGAGUCACAUACACACACAUACAAAGUGGAAAACUGUCAUAGUAGGCGAGCUUUGGUCAUAGAGACACCCAAUUGGGCACGUGUCCCUACCACCACAGUUGUUUCGUGUUGUUUGUUUGUUGUGGGAUGGAAGGGAAAGGAUGGGAUGCUGUUUUUAAUUCUUUUCGGGUUAUUGUGGAGCUUCCUGUGACGUUGCUUUGGGGUUGUAUGCUUUGGAUAAGGUUUGAACAAUUGAAUACAGCGUGACAGCGUUCGAGCGGGAAGCGUUCACGGGAACGGAACCCGUGACAAUUGGUGGCAAUUAAAUAAAAUUCAAUUGAAAGAGUUUAAUUUAAUUUAGUGUUGCUUCCUGAGGGUGGG